AUGCUUCGAGUGUGGCAAGUGCUAUGCAGUCUAUGUCUACUUUUGAAGUUGUCGCAAUGUGACCAGCCUACAAACCUGUCAACAUUCUUGUCAGCAAGCCUGUCUAGUAACCUGUCGACAAACCUGUCCACAAAUCCACAAAUACUAGAUGUGGCCAUACGUACACAGCGCGAUGUUUCACGACCGAUACCGAUUGACCAACUAACGGUUGCUGGACUUUCGUUGAACUCACUAUUUGAGGUUGGAGGAUAUACCCAGGAGUCGCUUGGAAACUUGUCCAGCCUACUUUAUAACGGGACCCAGGCUAUCAUGGUGGAUCUAUACUGGAACGAAUUUACUUCGGUGUGGCAGCUAUGCCCGGCUCCCUUUCCGCAGAAUAUGACUUACAACAUGAACAGCAAUGUCAAUGUGACCUGGGAGAACCGCACGUAUUCCUGCGAAUAUGGAUUCACGACGGACAAUGUCAUGGAUGCUCUUGCGAGCUAUAUCCAAUCUACAAACACGGACUUUCAAGCCAACUUUAUGCAUCUUUUGUACAAUUUGAAAUCGAUCCACUAUGAGAAAUCCAACAGGACAACGGAGCUCGAAAACAUCUAUCUACCGAGAUCCAAAACUGUUGUCGUUGGCAAUUCGUCGCUAAUCGACACCGUUGCUCCCAUAUCAUCAUACCUUUUCACCCCGGAUGUGCUCAACUCGUUUCGAGCUCGCGGACUGGCGAAUUACUCUUCCUACCAAAAUUUUUACAGUCGAUCAAAUUUUACAAUGCCCUCGCUAGAAACAAUCUUACUCCUGGAAUAUAAACGGCUACUAGUGAACAUAGUGUCUGAUGACACUGUGCAGUCGCGCAGGAGUUACGAAAUCAGCGACCAAGAUCGGCGAAUUUUAUUUUUUGAGGACACGCUUCCCAUAGAUGCCAUGAACACUACUACAGCUGACAAUUAUUGCAACCAGGUUUUUCUGUACAGAAACACGGUUGAAGAUUUCGACAAUCAGACCUUAUCAACCCAUUUCCGGUACGCAAUAGACAAUGAUAACGAACCCUUCACCACGCAAUCUCUACGGCGAUACGUUAGGUGCGGGUUGUCUCCGAUUUUCAACUCCACGUCUUAUCAAGUACCAGCAACAAACCAAAGCAUUUCGCAAAACAAGGAAAUCGUCAAGGACUACAUUCCACAGCUAUUCUGGUCGUGGGCUCCAGGUCAGCCGUUGGUUGCGGAAAACAGCACUGCGAAUAGACUGUCAAGCGGGAACGUGGCUUAUAAAUGCGUUUAUAUGACUCCAGAUGGGUGGGAAAUCGGCAACUGCUACACGGAACACCAAAUCGCUUGCAAAAACUUGACCGCGCCCAAUGAUUGGUAUAUUCCGAUCCACGAACGAAGAACAUAUUUCGAUGUCGACAGAAACGAUUGCCCGCCCGGUUUCAAUUUCAGUUUGCCCCGACUGAGCAUCGAGAUGCUUGCGCUUCACAAUGCCAUUCAACAACAAGGAGCCACAUUCCCAGUAUGGAUUGAUUUGAACGACAUCACAGUGGAGACGUGUUUUGUUUCUGGCGGACCCUACGCGGAAUGUCCCUAUCAACGGACGGUGACCACGACUAAAUUUGUAAAAAUGAUUGCGCCGAGCUCGAUUGUGGCUCUUGUUAUUUUAAUCUUGAUUUUCUUGGAGAAAACACUCCGCAAGGACCAUUUGCAGGCGAAUAGGAAAAAGUACUGGAAAAAGAAGAUUUCAGAACACUACCUGAAACAUGAAUACGAAGGGGUGCCAUCUUAA